AUGAAAGGUAGUGUACUGCUGGCAUUGCUAAUAGUGAUAGAGUUAAGCUGUGGCUCUUUACAUACGCUAUACGAUCAGCUGUGCCUGGGUAUUCACAAUGGAUUUUUACGUCAUCCUGUAGACUGUCAUAAAUUCAUAAGAUGCAGCCAUCAAAAGGCUUAUGAGUUUCAUUGCCCGGCCAAUUUAUUGUGGCAUCAGAAGAUAAAGUCAUGUGAUUAUUCUUAUCGUACUGAGUGUAAAGUAAAUGCAAUUGCAGUUAAAGGUCAAAAGGUUAAUGUCACUGGAAUGUUGGUGGAACAGCACAACAAAUUAAUAAAUUCAGAUAAGAAUUUUAAGGAAAUUGCAGUAAAAGUAGACAGCGUAACAGUUAAAGAGUUGGUAACAGCAACUACUCAGAAACCAACAAAUAAUAAGCAAAAGCCCUUUACUACUGUUAAGGAUCAUGUUAACACAACAGAUCAUAAAGAACACUCUGUUAAAUUAACACAGGCGGAUAAUAAAAAUAUUGCUGCCAAGGAAUAUUUUGUUAAAAAUGCUACCACAUCCUAUUCUCUUCAGUCUGCCAAUCCAGAGCAAGGAAAUUUAGUGGUUACAACAGGAAAUGCUACCAAAACCUUGAAUUCCCUUAAAGUACUGCCUAAUAAAGCAGUAGCGAAAGAGAUUGAAAAUGUUAAUGAAUUAGCAGUUAUUCAUAAAGAAAAUAAGAGCCGUAUUAAACGAAACAAUUGUAAUCGUGUUUCAAAAUUAAAGGAAAAAGCAACAGCAAACAAAAACAAUAAAAGUAAUGUAAAGAAAAUAACUGUUAACAAUGUUAAUUUAACAGAAAAUUCCACUGUUAAGCCAAAUAUAAAUUCUAAUGAUUCCGUGCAAAGUUUCGAUACAAAUUCUGUUAACGGCUUAAAUUUAACAGGGGAAACAGUUCAUUAUAAUAAUGUUAAUAUAACAGAGGCUAUAUUAACAGAAUUUCCAAAACCCGAUUCUGGAAUUACCAAAAAUCUUAACAAUUCUUUAAAUUUAAAGGAGAAUAAUCAGUAUGAAACUGAAGCUGUGAAAAUAAGUUCUUCAGAAAACAAUAACAGAAUAAUGUCAACCGAUAAAACAGUUGCUGUAAAGGCUGAUAAAGUAACAGACACUAAAUUAACAGAAUUUCCAAAAACCGAUACUGGAAUUACAAAAAAUCUUAACAAUUCUUUAAAUUUAAAGGAAAUUAAACAGAAUGAAACGGUAGCUCUGACAAAAAGUUCUCCAGAAAACCAAAAUACAAAAAUGUUAACAGAAAAAACAGUCUCUGCUAAUACUGUUAGUGUAAUAGAGCCAAUAUUAACAGAUUUUCAAAAUGUCUCUUAUGAAAUCACAAGAAAUUUAAACAAUUCUCUUAAUUUAAUGAAAAAGAAAUAUAAUGACACUUUAGAAAACAAUAACAAAAUAAUGCUAAUAGAAAACAUAGUUGCUGUUAAUGCUGCCAAUGUAACAGAGUCAACAUUUAAAGAUUUUCCAAAAGCCGCUAUUGAAAUUACAAAUAAUUUCGAAAAUUCUUUAAAUUUAAAGAAAAGUACCCUUCAAAAUCAAAAUAAAACUGAAGCAAGUUCUACGGAUAACAAUAACAGAACAUUGGUAACAGAAGAGUCAAUCUAUGUUAAUUUAACAGAAGCAAUAUUAACAGAUUUCCCAAAUGUCCACAAUUUCUUAAAUUUCAAGGAAAAUAAAACUGUAGCUGUGACAGCAAGUUCUGCAGAAAACAAUAACAGAACAAUGAUAACAACAGAAACAGUUUCUGUUAAUAAUAAUACUGUAACAGAGGCUAUAUUAACAGAUUUCUCAAAACCAGCCAAUAAAGUUACAAAAAAUCUAGAUAAUUCUUCAAAUUUAAAUGAAAAUAUCUCUGCUGAAUUAAUAUAUAAAGACAAUGAAGCUGUAGCUCAGAAACAAUCUUCUAAUGCAAAUAAUUCCACACAUAACAGCUCAAUGUUAGAGCAGCAAGCAGAUUCUGCUAAACUUAUAAAGUCGACAGAGUCACUGUUAACAGUUUUACAAGAAGUGACAGCAAUUCCUUUACAACCAACAGAAAUUAUAGCUGACACAGUGACAGACAUUGAGAACAUGCAAACUACAGCAGCUAUUUUCAAUUCUCUCAAUACUACAGAGGGUUUUACAGGAAACCAUAACAGUGCUAUGUUAAAGCAGAAAAACAGUUCUGCUAAUUUCAUUAAAUUAAGCGAGACAAUUACAGAAAGUUCUGGCAACGUUUUUAACACUACAGUAAAUGUUACUGCUAAAUCAACAAAUAUAGAAAAUGAAAAUGUUACUGUUGCUAAAAACACAAUUUCUCCCAAAAACAGCAGCGCAACAGUGACAGAAAAGAAAACUAAUAAUGUUAAUUCUAUCAUUUUAACAGAUUCAUUAUUAAAAGGCUUUCCAGAAGCUUUUAAAAAGAUUACAACUCCAGCCAAAAAUGAAAAUGUUACUAAAAUCAUGGAAAAUUAUUUAAACACAAAAAAUUCUACUGAAAACAUUAGCGAAAUAGCAUUAGGGAAGGACAACAAUUCCAUUAAUGAUAUAGAAUUAACACAGUCACUUUUAAAAGCCUUUACAGAAACUGCUAAAACAACUACUGAAAGCUCUGUUAAUUUCUUGAGUUUAACAGACAAUGUUACUGUUAAUACAACAGACUUAGAAAAAGCUAUUACACAUGACCCCGUUAAAUCAUUUACUUUAACAGAAAGUUCUACUGAAACUAAUAACAGAGAUAUUGCAGCAAGUACUGUUAAUGCCGUGAAUUUAACAGAUAAUAACACUGUUAAAGUAACAGACAAAGAAAAUGAAUCUGAAACAUUAACUGCACAAUAUCCUGUUAAUUUAUUUAAUUCAACAGAAAGCGCAACUGAAACUAGUAAUAAAAAUAAUUUAGCAAAUUUUACAUUACAAGAGGUAGAUAAAAACCAUGCUGUUAAUUUAACAGAAGCAAUGUUAGCUGGUGUUCCAGAAGGUUUCAAAUUAAUACAUAAAGACCCUAUGAAAACAAAACAAAAUUCUGAUAAAAACAAAGAUGUCCAUAACAUUUCAUUAACUGUGACAAUGCCAGCUGACUUAACAGAAGCCGCAGUUAAUCUUAAAAAUUCUUUAAACUCAACAGAAAAUGUUACUGUUAAAGAAACCGAAGAUAAUAAUGCAAAUUUAACAGUGGCAGCCGAAUAUUCGAUUGAAACAGUAUCUAAAACAACACAAGCAGAAAAUGUUAACUUAACAGUGAAUUCAGAAAAUCCCGUUUAUUUUUUUAAUUUAACAGAAAGUUUCAAUCCAACUAAUAACAGUGACAGUUUUACUGAUUUAAAUUUAACAGCUAAUUUUCCUGUAAAAAAAAUGGAAGAAGAAAAUGUUAACUUAACAGUGAAUGCUGAAAAUCCCGUUAAUAAUGUUAAUGUUAUUGAAAAUUUCAAUCAAACAAACAAAACUAUUGACAAUGUAUUAACAGAAAAUCCUGUAAAUUCUGUUAAUUUAACAGAAAAUGUUGUGGAAUAUGUAACAGACUUUUCUGUUAAAUUAACUUAUAAUGAAAAUAAAACUACAACAAAAAUUACAGACUAUUCCAUUAAUGAUAAAAAUGAUAAGGGGACUGUGUUAACAGAGGUUGCUGUUAAAACAGCUAAUGAUGAAAAUAAAAAUAUUACAGACUUUUCUGAUGAAACAAGGCCUGUUAUAAAUGGCAACACAAAUACAGCCGAAAAUGUUACAGCAACGAUGCUAACAGCUGAUGAUGAAAUUUUAAAAGAAAUCACAACUACCAACGAAACCUUUAUACAAAAUGCUGAAAAUUCUGUUAAUAUUGGAAAUGUUACAGAAAUAAUGUUGACACAGGAAGCUGUUAAUAAUGAUCAUGUUAAAGAAACAAUGUUGACAAAUGACCCAGUUAAAAAUGUUAUUGAUGAAAUUCACAAUUUUAAUGAUUUUUAUAUUGACACAACAUCAAUUUUAAAGGAAAAUUCGGCUACAACUGAAAGGUUAAUGGAAAAUGCUGAAAAUUAUGUUAAAUCCGAAACAAUAUUUACAGAAAAUCCUCCAGCAAUAACCACAACACAAAUAUUAUUCAUUAAAAAUGAUCAAUCAGAUUCUACAACUCCCGCUGUACCUACGACUUUAGCUGUUCCGUUUGCAAUUGAUAAUACCACCCUAGAUCCCCGUUUACCUUUCCGUUCGUUGGAGUGUCAAGGCCCCAAUAAUCGUCGACAGUUUAAGGCCCCCAAAUGUUAUCAAUACUAUCAAUGUUUUGCUGGUUGGGCUUUUUUGCUUAAUUGUCAUGAGGGCUGGCGGUUUGAGGUUACAGAGGGCCUGUGUAUUUUGGAUGUGAAUAAAGAAUGUGAAUUGUAA